AUGCGCGCCCCCGCGGUGCUCAUCGCCCUGCUAGGGUUUCUACCCCAGGUGCUGUCGUCUGGUUCAUUUGAACUUAGGAUAAAAAGUUUUACGAACUCAUUGGGUAGGUUAAGUAGUGGGCAGUGCUGUGAUGGUUCCUCAAAUAGUGACGCGCCGUGUUUGGCGCCGUGCAGGACUAAAUUCCGCGUGUGCCUCAAGAUAUAUCAAGCUAAUAUCGAUACAACGUCACCGUGUACCUUCGGUGACAUCACUACGCCUGUGUUGGGAGGCAACUCCUUGGAUGUUCCCAAUCUCAAUGUGGAAGGAUUCAGCAAUCCCAUCGUGUUUCCCUUCGAUUUCACGUGGCCGGGCACUUUCUCGCUCAUAGUCGAAGCGUGGCAUGAUACGAACGAAACGUCAAGAUCUGAUGAUACCCUCAUCGCGCGCAUGACGAAGCAGAGUAUAGCUGACGUUGGCGGCCCGUGGGUGGAAGAAGAGCAACGGUGGGGAGGACCUGGCGGUGCUCAUUUGAGGCUAUCAUACCGAGUGACAUGUGCUGCGCAUUACUACGGCUCCGGCUGUGAAGUUCUCUGCAGGCCUAGGAAUGAUUCCUUCGGGCAUUACACCUGCUCGCCUGCUGGAGAGAUCGUCUGCUUGCCGGGAUGGACGGGCGACUACUGCUCUAAACCGCGCUGCCUGCCUGGCUGCGACGCGGAGCACGGCCACUGCCUCAAGCCUGACGAAUGCAUUUGUCAUUCAGGCUGGGUGGGCGAGCUCUGCGAUCAAUGCGAGCGUCAUCCGGGCUGCGUUCACGGCACCUGCUCCAAGCAGUGGGACUGCAACUGUGAGGAGGGCUGGGGCGGAUUGUUCUGCAAUCAGGACUUGAACUAUUGCACCAACCAUCGACCGUGCAGAAAUGGAGGCACGUGUCAUAACACGGGUCAAGGAAGCUACACAUGCGUCUGCCCUCCGGAGUACACGGGACCCGAUUGUGAGAAAUCACUCCAUUCAUGUGCAGUUCGACCGUGUCUCAAUGGUGGAGCGUGCGUACCGGAUGAAGAGGGAGAAUUAUCCUGCGCCUGCCCUUCGGGUUAUGAAGGAGCACGCUGUGAAACUAGAAGACUGACUUGCGCCGAUCAACCUUGCCGAAACGGUGGAACAUGCGAACCACGAUUAUCUGGAUAUGUGUGCUUGUGUCCUGCGGGCUACGCCGGAGCAGAUUGUGCACUCGAGGCCGAUCCGUGCGCCGCCAAUCCAUGCCGCAACGGAGCGACCUGUUCCCGCGCCGGUGACGGUUUCAGAUGCAAUUGCAAGCCCGGUUUCAGCGGCAACCGAUGCGAGAUAGACAUAGACGACUGCGCCGGGAUCAUCUGCAAGCACGGCGGCUCAUGCGUUGACCUCGUCAACGGACAGCGCUGCCAGUGCGCGCCCGGGUUCCUUGGGCCGAGAUGCGAAACCAGAGUGGAUUUGUGCCUGGCGAAACCGUGUGCGAACGGGGGUGAAUGUUUCGUCCUUGACAACGAUUACGAGUGCCGCUGUCGACCGGGCUUCACUGGCAAGGACUGCAGCAUAGACGUGGACGAAUGCGCGUCGUCGCCUUGCCGCAACGGGGGCUCGUGCAAGGACCGUGUGGACGGCUACACGUGCAUCUGUCCGCGGGGUUGGAGCGGGAAGGUGUGCACAGUGUCGCUGGCGGAGCUGGCUGCGAAGCCGGCAGGCGGGCACCUGCGGCGGGUGGGCGAGGAGGUAGAGGAGGGGGAGCGGCUGUCGCGCGGGCACGUGGCGCUGAUCGCCGCGGCGUCGGCAGUGGUGCCGCUGCUGGCGCUGGCGGCGGGCGUGGCGCUGUGUGUGCGGCGGCGGCGUGCGGCGCGCGCGGCGGACGCGGAGGCGCGCGCGCAGAACGCCGCGAACGCGGGCGGCCGCGUCAUCCGCAACACGUGGGGCAAGUGCGACGCGCCCGCCGAGUGCCAGAACGCGCACAACGCGGCCGCCGAGGAGUGCAAGCGCAAGACGCUCAACACCGAGAGCGCGGCGCGCUUGCUCGCCGCACUCGACCCCAGGCUCUCGCGGCUCUCAGCCGAUUCCGCCUACUGCGCAAACAGUGAUACAUCGCUAGUAAAGCGAGCGCUAGAAGGCGGAGGGGUGUACGUGCUAGACGACCAUUGCCUGCCGCCGACGUUUGCAACGCAAGUGUAG